CAUUCAGAAGGGAUCACUGCAGAGGGAGAUACAAACAUGGCCCCCCAAACCAGCCCUGCGGAGGAAGUGCAGCUCGUCACUCUCUCACCCCGUCCACCUUAGGGAGAGGCGAGGGUUGUGGAGUCUCCCCGCCAGAGCAGGAACUUGCAAACGCAUGGGCUCAGCAGAAGGCUCUCGGUCCUCUGUCACUGUGGCCUGGACUACAAGUCCCAGGAUGCUAUGCGGUUUCCAAGAUGGCCGCGCCCCUGGGUGGCUGUGGCGCGAAUGUUUCGGACUCGGACAGCAGCAGCAGCAGCGCGGAGGACUUGGAGCGAUUUCGCGAGGCCGUCUGGGACCUGGCUGGGCAGCGGUCGGCGGUGGUUCGGCCUCAGCCCGGCAGCGGUUGCUUUGGGAAGGACAAAUUACUACCAGUUCAGCCUAGUCUCAGACAGAAGGUGAAUGACCAUGACAAAGAUGGCAACGAAUUACAGACCACACCAGAGUUCAGAGCACAUGUUGCAAAGAAACUGGGAACAAUGUUAGACAGCUACAUCACUGUAUUGGAGGAUUCAUCAGGUCCUGCACAGACUUCCAUGCAAACAGCUGACUCUGAAGAUGACGGCUUUCGCCUAUUGUCUUCAUCUGUUCCAGGAGAUUGUGGGAAAUCCAAACCUCUGCUCUCAGCCAAGAGGCGACGACCUUCCAGUUCUAGUGAGCUGGACAGUGACCAGGAAUGGCAGAAAUACCAAGAGGCUGCUGUGUCAGCAGCAGAUAUCUUGAAGCAAAGUGCUUUUUCUGUGAUGCCUCCAGAUUCCAGCCAGGUUCACAAGCAGGAGUGCACAGAGCACAACCAAAAGAAGAAAAAGAAAAGGAAGAAGAAAGCUAGAGGUGAACAUAAUAAUGAACAGAAGACAGCAGGAUGUGACCAGAUCAGCAGCAAGACUCUAUCAUCCAUUGAUGGAGAGUGCACGAGGCAAGAAGGCAGAUGUACAGAGGAAACAACAUUGCCUAAUGUGGUGAAGAAGAAGAAAAAGAUUAUCAGAAAAGAAGCAAAUGAUGAUUCUGCUCUAUGAACCACAUAUGGUCAGGAUGGAAGAAGGAUGGUGAAAAGUUAACAAAGGUAGUUCCUGCACAUUGUCCUCUGCUGGAAAUGUGGGGAAACAAUUGGCAAAGCUUUUGUUUUAGGGGAGUCAAAGGAGUAAGAGUUUAAGUGACUGCCCUUGUUGAGGCAUCCCUUGGGGAACUCCCCUUUUCCAUUCCAUCACAAACCAAUUACUUGCAUUGCUGGUUAUGCAGACCUUGCAUUGAGGGAUUUGGGCGAUACAGGGACAUAUUAGAAUCACCUCUGCCCUGGUCGGAUCCUUCUAUGUAUCCAGCCCAAAUCCUGUGCCCUGGAGCUAGUGCACGUGUGCGAUAAACUGAUUUUGGUGGAGAUGGUGGCAGAAGAUCAGUUUCUACUUCACCUCUCCAACACCUGCUGCCAGAACCAUGGGAGAAACAGCUCCAGGUUGUGAGAGAGACUGACUCAUCCAUAAAUAUCAUGGCAAAUCUUGGGGACCCACCUGCCUCUCUUAAAAUCACCAGAAGUAUGUUACCGAAACCUGAUGUGUUACUAAUUCCCAUGGAAUAUACACCUCUCCAGGGGUCCUGUGCAGAACUAUAAAAAGAUUGUGCAAUGGUAUCACUUAAUUGUUAUAAGCAGGUAUUUCUUUCAAAACUGUCUCCCUCGAUGCUUUAUUUUCAUGGUAUUACAUCUGCCAGUGUGCAGUAGAAUUCAAUAACAAUAAAUGCCUCGUAGUCUCAUUCGA